AACACACUUGGUGGCCUUAUUUGCUACCACCUGUUGUAAGGUUGGGUUCUUUCUCUCCACAGUAUCCAGCUGCAAAAAUCACACACCCAAAGAUGGCAGCACAGGCUUUGAUCUCUUCUUCUUCCAUCACCUCUUCUGCAGAGGUUGCUAGGCAGGUUCUUGGAGGAAGGCCUCUCCAAUCUUCCAGGAAAGUUUCCUUUGUUGUAAGGGCUUCUUCUUCUACUCCCCCUGUCAAGCAAGGAGCAGAUAGGCCUCUCUGGUUUGCAUCCAAACAGAGCCUUAGCUACUUGGAUGGCAGCCUUCCUGGUGACUAUGGCUUUGAUCCACUGGGGCUCUCAGACCCGGAAGGGACCGGAGGUUUCAUUGAGCCGAAAUGGCUAGCAUAUGGAGAGAUCAUCAACGGGCGUUUCGCCAUGUUGGGAGCAGCAGGGGCUAUUGCACCAGAGAUUCUUGGAAAGGCGGGGCUUAUUCCAGCUGAAACCGCCCUCCCAUGGUUCAAGACCGGAGUAAUUCCUCCUGCAGGAACAUACAACUACUGGGCUGAUCCCUACACUCUAUUCGUUCUGGAGAUGGCUCUCAUGGGAUUCGCAGAGCACCGGAGAUUCCAGGACUGGGCAAAACCAGGUUCAAUGGGGAAGCAGUACUUCCUAGGACUAGAGAAAGGCUUAGGAGGCUCAGGCGAUCCGGCAUACCCCGGUGGACCUCUCUUCAACCCCCUUGGAUUUGGAAAGGAUGAGAAAUCAAUGAAGGAUUUGAAGCUGAAGGAAGUGAAGAAUGGAAGAUUGGCAAUGUUGGCCAUCCUGGGAUACUUCAUCCAAGGUUUGGUGACUGGUGUUGGCCCAUACCAAAACCUUCUUGACCAUUUGGCUGAUCCUGUCAACAACAACAUCUUGACCAACCUUAAAUUCCACUAAACUUGUAGCAAACCACCAUUUCUUCUUCAUAGAUAUGUAACAUCUGUCGACAUUAUUUUGCAUGUCAUCUGUAUUCCACAAGGACAUGUACCAAUUGAAACCCUGCAACUAUUCAGAGUUGUAGCCAGAAAAUUUUCACUGUAUUAUCAUCUA